AUGCCAAACACGACGCUCGCAGCAAUCGGCCUCUUCGGCUCGGCUACGGCCUCGUCCUACGUCCUCUUCUCCAACCUCGGCAUGUCGCAGUACGGCCUGAUCCCGUACAUCCGCGGCAAGGUCGCCGACGUCCAGCUCUCCGCUGCCGACAAGGUCAAGACGUGGAUGGGCUACUACAACAACGCCAAGGCGUGGUCGGUCGGCGGCGCCGUCCUGAACGCGAUCUGUGGCACGCUCGUGGCGUUCACGCACCCAGCUGUGGAGAUCCAGCGGCUCGGCUUUGGGUCGGCGGUGCUCGGACUGACUAUUGUGCCAUACACGUUUGCAGUCAUCAUGGCGACCAACAACCAGAUAAUGGCACUCGAAGCCAAGGCCCGGCAGGGGGACAGUCUUGAUGACAAGAAGGUCGAUGAGCUCGUCGAGAAGUGGGUGUCGGUGCACAAUGUCCGGUACGUGUCGUACGUGAGCUCGUGGCUCCUGUCGGCAGCCGCGCUUGCACUGAACGGCAACGUCCUCAUCGAGGUGUUGAAUGUCGUGUACAGCGUGCCCGUCGUGCCCGUGGUGUAG